AUGACUGAAGAUGAAAUAAGCUUGCUGAUAGCCAAUUUUUCAGAAUCAGUGACUCCAGGUAGCAAAUAUCAUGCUAUGCUAGUCAAACUAAAUCAAAUACUUACUAAGAAUUUAUAUAAUUCAGUUGAGCAUUACAUGACAUUAAAGCAGCCUACAACGAUGUCAAACGUGGAAACUCAUGGAGAAGCUUUCUUGUGGAAACAAUGGGAUCAGGAAUAUUCAGAUCGAUACUUUAAACUAACCCCAAGUGCAUAUCCAAAUAAAUCUGAUUUUAUUACAAUGGAAGCAAAUGAAGCGCUAAUUGCAUUGUUUGAAAAACAUACAGAAUUUCUGAAUAAACUUUCUUCUCGUUAUUUUAAUCAAACAUUUCAUAGCUCUCAUAUACGAGGAAAACUAUGGAGUAUUAUAUUGUUAUCCAGAUGUAAAUCUCAAAGAAUAAAACUUGAACAAAUAAUUCAAAUGUUUUCACCUAAUCAAAAUGAACAUAUUCUGGUAGAAUGUAGAAACUUUUUAAACUCUUGUGUUUCCAUGUCUUCUAUUAAAGAUUCAGUUGGUUGUUUAUAUGCAAUGAAUUAUUUAUUAAAGUUUUACCAAAAGAUAAUGAAUAUAAAUGACAAUGUAAAGCAUCCUCAUUAUUAUAUUAAAAUUGUUUCUAUAUUAGUUUUGGUGAUGAAAGAUUAUUUAUCAAAAAAUCAACCUCCAAAUGUGGAAACUAUUGGUGUACUAGUUCAAGAAUUUUUUGUAUUACUAUCAACAUUACCAUCAUUUAUAACACAGUUGCCAACAAUCUGGUUUACUCGUCAAUCUUUACAGAAAGUAAUACAAUAUGAAAAUUAUAAAAUAAAUGGCAUAUCUGAAAUGAAUGAUAAUAAAAAUAUUAAAUUUAGUCAGAGUGUUUUAAAACAAUUACGAUAUAUUGAUGAUAAUAUAGCCUCUUCUGUUGUGAAACAAGUUUUGUUUGUCAAAGAUAUUGAUAUCAUAUCGAAUUUGACAAAUGAAGAAGAUAUUUGUUCAGAAAUCUUCUAUACAUUUAUCGAACCAAUAAUUCAAUCUGUUUUCAUUGGUUAUUUAUCUCAAUCUACAUUAUUGUAUAUAUGGGAUCAGUUAAUGUUAUGUAUUGCUGGAGCUGAACCAAUUGAAUCCAAUUUGUCAUAUAUUUUAAGUUGUUUCAUAGCUAUUUUCAUUUUUCUAUGCUGGAUUAGAAUACCAAAUCAUUCUCUAUCUGAUAUAAGUCAAUAUGAACAUAUAAAUACAAUUGAUGAACAAAGAGAAAUAAGUAGGAAAGAAAUGACUUCAUUAAAUGAACAAUUCCUUAUAAUUGGUCCAAAAUUAGAAAAAGAUGAUUUUCAGUUUUUGAUAAAGAAAUAUUUCUUCAUGGAUAUUUUCUGUCUAUUAACCGGUACACAACAAUACAACACUAAUAGUUGUCUUUUAUCAAAUGAUGGACUUUUAACAUCAACUGAAUGGUCGUCAAUAUUGAGAAAGUCUCAUCUCAUAGAUCCUAGUAAACGUAAAGAACAAAGAUUACUACAUUAUGCAGAGUUGGAAAGAUUACGAAAUACUGAAGAUCAUCUCAUUAAAAUGCAAGAUCAGUUAGAUGCUUAUAAAACUAGAUUAAAAGAAGCAUCAGAUGAAAUUUCUCACAGUAAACGUUUACUUAGUCAAUAUGUAACAAAACAAGAUUAUUCACCUAACAAGGUUGAUGAAUUCAAUGAUCACAAAAUGAAUUCAUCAUUAAGUAAAGUAAAAUGGAAAUCAAAUUUGCAUAAAAUUACACUUUUAAGAAAUGUAGCACAGAAUUUUGGCGCGAAUAUUGAAAAUUCAAAUCCUUUAAAACAAUCACAAGUGAUACAAACUGAAUAUGAUUGA